AUGGCGUUGUUGAAAUUGUCAAAAACCAGAGAUGAGGAUAUGCUCGCCCAGGAAACUGUUGAAGAGCAAGAAACUUUCCAACAAAUGCCAACUGCUGAGAAACGGCUCAUGGAAGCCCCGCAAAUGGUAGGUUUUUUGGAAUCAUCUGAAAAUUCUAGAUCUCGUAAUUUCAGCCGAACACAAUUGUCGCUCACGAAUUGUUGUCCGAAACUUCACGAAUGAACCCAAAAAUCGAGAACUAUCUCAACGCGCAACGUUUGAUCUCUGGAAAUGCGCAAUGCGAGCAACUUUUGUUGGAACUCAACUCGGCUUCUCAACUCAAUCGUGGUCCAGAAGGUGUUUACGAGUCAUCGCGCCUUCAUUGGGACAUGUUGCUCAAUCGUGACGAGACCAUCUUCCCAUCCGAUUAUUUGAACUUUGACGCCAAAAUGAAGCGCUAA